AUGGCUCUCGUCGCUCUCUCCGUCUCCUCCUCCGCCCGCGCCGUCCUGGCGUCGCUGGCCCCCAGGGCAGCCAGCAUGAGGGGCUACGCGGCGUCGGCGGCGUCCGGGGCCAUGAGGCGCGGGGCGGAGGGCGCGGCUGGCGCGGGCGAGGCCAAGGAGGCCGGGCGCGCCGCCGCCGCAGAGAUCUCGUGGGUGCCCGACCCCGUCACGGGCCACUACCGCCCCGCCAACUGGGCCGCCGCCGUCGACCCCGCCGACCUCCGCGCCGCGCACCUCGCCCGCUCCUACGCCCGGGCCUGA